AUGGCGUCUUCUUCCUCAAGUGGGAAUUAUUCAAAUGAUUUGUCUACAUACAAGGAUGUACAAGGCUAUGUCCAUAGUGUUUCUGAUGUUAAAGUACCUGCAAACUCAAAAUCAAGCAGGUACUUCGAUUUCAAGAUGCAGCAAGGAGAUGAAGAAACAAGAGUUGUCUGUUUUAAUGCCGAAUAUCAAGGCCAAUUAAGACAGAAAGAGCAAUCGAAGAGUCCAUGCCGUCUUACAAAUGUGAGUCCCCAGAAACGACAUUAGAGCGAAGGAACGGAGUUUAAAAUGAACAAGUUCUCCAGAAUCGAGACGCCAAAGAAUAUACUGUUCCUGUGGAAGGAGGCAUCAGAUUUACAAGUUACUACCAUAAAAGAAGUCCUUGAGAACAAGAUCAAUGGCAACAUUGUUACACUUAAGGCCCGCAUGGUAACCAAAUCAAAUGUGCAAACGGUGUUUUCUCGUAAUAUGCAAAAAGAUUUGAGAAAAUGUGAUGUAGUCAUCGCUGACGAAUCUGGAACCAUCUCGGUCACAAUUUGGGAAGACGUGAUAGACCAGGUCCAACCAGACUGCAGCUACCACUUUCAAAGCUGGAAAGUCAGCUUCUUCAACAACAAGUAUCACAACGCAACCAAAGAUACAAAGAUUGGGGCGUGUGAUAGUGUCGACCUUUGUCCGGAUGCAAUUGAAAUAGCAAGGAAACUAAACGUGAGCGAGUCCGUCGACAACCUCGUGGAUGUUAGUGGAAACAUCGUGGGUAUUGACGUUGAUAGAUAUUAUAUGUGCAUAAAUUGUAAAGGACGCGUAGAAGAUCUGCCCAACCAAACGAUUCUCAAAUGUUUGAAGUGCCGUUUAAGCAUAAAAAAGAGCGCCAUUUCGUGUAAUACAAGUGAUCCUGCAGAACAACACUGGUGA